AUGGAUGCGUCGCCCAGCAAGCAGAACAGCAGCACUACCAGAAAGCCCGCUGAAAGCGUCCUCCAAGCCGGUACGGCCGAGUUGUCAGACAUAUUUGACAACAGUCCUCCGCCCCUGUUCAAAUCGCCCACCGCCGACAAUGAGCGCAAGCGCGAGCUCGAGGCAACAAUCAACACACUAAGAGAUGAGCUGGAAACGCAGACUCGCGAGAGAGAUGAAUUGCUGGCGAAGAGCAGCCUGUCUGUUCAGCAAGCGCGGCAACUAUCCGACGAGUUAAUCGACCGGUUGCAUCGGUACAAUGACGUUAAGGACGCGGGGCAGAUCCUGUUUGGGAAGCUUGCCCAGCUGCGAGGGAAAACAGUCAAGGAAAUGUACAAGGAGUACGAUGUGGAUUUGGAGGAUUGA